GCGAGAUACGGUUUAGCUUGAGGGAACAAGAUUUGUCCUUUUGCUGUAAUGCGUGGCGCCUGUCGCGACUCAAGGAGGUCAUCUAGCGCCCAGGUUGCAAGCCUCAGGGCUGGGCAGCGUGCAUCAUACAUCAUACAUCAAGCGUUUGCCUUCUGUUCAGCCGCACCCAUUCCUUUUUCAAAUGCACGACUAAUCUCUCCUCCUCUCGCGCAUGCCAGAUCUCAACCACUUGUUCGCUGACGCCCAUGACCUGCUGCAGAAACAGAGGGAAAUCUUGUUGAAAUCGUUUCAGUCCUUCUUCAACGACAAACAGACGUGAGCCUGCUGCGUUUACUCUCUUGGCUCAUAUGUAGACGUUGUUAUCCCCGACACUACCUGUAGUGACAAUGCCUUUCGCCACGAAAGCAUCUUUCCGCGAAUGGUUCAGGGUUUACAACGACUUUGCUCAAAAGUGGUUCGCAACUCUCAUGUCCUUGAGCUCCAACUACCGUUCACAGCGGUUUGGAUCAAUAUGGGGCGAUUUUCUGUUUCUUUCGAGCCUGGUGAACACAGACGCUUUACAGGACACUCAGUGGAACAUCAACAUGUGGACAGACGAGGAGGUUCUGGCCUGGAAGGAAUCGCACCUUGCUUCAUCUAAUGCAAUCGCAGUUGCCGGCGCCAUUUUUGCGAGUGUCGGUCUGAGUGCAUUGCAACUGCCGAACAUGGAUGCUGUCCAUUGGACAGCGAGAGGCUUUUGUGUGUCGAGCAUGUUCUUGGGCAUCAUGUCCGUUAUCGCUGCGACAGGGCAAUACCAGUUUGUGGGAAUGCUGAAUACUCCGGUCCAGAUCAGACUUUGGCUCAGUCGGGGGCCAUCUCCAGACUGGGAUCUGAUCAAAAUGGGGGUGCAUCCUUCACUGCUACAGGACCAGAUGCUCGAGAUGAGUCAAGCAUUGCAUGAUAAUGAUCAAAUCUCAAAAUUACCCCUUGAAAGCGCAAUCACUGCUGGAAAGGUCAUCGCGCUGUCAAGGAAUCUACUGACUCUGGCGGUGACACUGUUCAAUGUUGGAUUCGGGUUAUACCUCCUGUUUCUGUGGCUUGAUAACGUGGAAACUAGCGGUGUCUCCCACAGAAAUGUGUUCCUCCUGUUCAUCGUCACAUGGGGCUUAUACGAGAUCUACGACAAGAUCCUUUUCAUCGCGUCAAUUCAAAAUGAGUACUUCAAGAACAAAAUGCUGGGUGGAAAUCCUCAAUAUUACCCACCGUAUGUGUUCAAGCUCGUUCAGCAAGUCCUGCGCAAAGUGCAGCAGCAUGUCCAAGACGGAAGCGAGAAAUCUUUCAUGGCUGAGCAUACUAAUCAAACGUCUCAGGCGAAGGAUGAACCUACUGUACGACCAUGGAGAUCGACGACUGAUGAUGUUUCACCCAGACUGGGAGGAUCGGUCGGUGAUCGACCCCAUCCUGAUCGUGUACUAUCAAUGGACAAACACGACGCCUGGCGGAGAUACAUGACAGCUUAUGUGCAGCGACGGAAGACGACCGAAGAGGCUCUCGAUAUUAUGCGGGUUAUGGAGUUGAAGGGUGGUUUUGAAGCUGAAUGGGACGAAGCAAUGACCCUGCGGAACAUAGACCGACAGUCUCAACGCCCCCACACUCGUGUUGGCACCGCAGAGCCUUCGUUGGACAAGCACCCCAUGGACUCGGUAGUAUAGCGAGUGACCAUAGGCCACAGUGAAUCGUGACAUCGAC